AUGACUCAAGAAACAAUCACAACCAUCUCUCCGAUAACCGGCAAACCCAUCCUUACUCGGCAGGGCUUAUCAAUCUCAGAAAUUCCAUCCCUUUUAUCGGCAUCCAAAAAGGCCUUUUCUACAUUCCAGAAAACGCAUCCACUUGCAAAACGUCAAGAAAUCGUGCGAAAAGCACUUGAUAUCCUCUUAAGCAAGACAGAUGAAUUGGCAAAGGAGCUCACUGAGCAGAUGGGAAGGCCGAUUGCUUAUACUGGAAAAGAGAUCGCCACAGCGGUCAUGCGAGCUCAAUACCUAUUAAAGGUCUCGGAUGAAGUCCUAAGCGACUCACCAGGAGAAGCUCAAGAAGGGUUUAAGAGAUUUAUCAGAAAGAAGCCUCUAGGACCGGUUCUGAUUAUCUUCGCUUGGAAUUACCCGUACCUUAUUCUGAUAAACUCGUUGAUCCCUGCAAUUCUGGCUGGAAAUACUCUUCUCUUAAAGCCAUCUCCACAGACCCCAACGAUCGCCGAGCACAUCGUCUCUAUUUUUGCCGAAGCUGGUCUACCGGAAAACGUCUUGCGGACUGUCCAUUGCGGGAACAAUGCCACCCUUGAAGCGCUAAUCAGGGAACCUGACGUAAGGUCCAUUGCAUUUACCGGAUCUGUGGCCGGAGGUAUAGCGGUGCAGAAAGCUGCUGCGUCUAGAGUUGUUCCAGUCGGAUUGGAACUUGGUGGGAACGACCCAGCUUAUGUCCGUCCAGAUGUGGAUAUCGCAUGGGCCGCUGAAGAGAUAGUUGACGGCGCAGUUUUCAAUUCUGGGCAAAGUUGCUGCUCCAUAGAGCGGGUCUAUGUUCACGAGAGCAUAUAUGAAGAGUUCUUGGAGAAGCUGGUGGGGGUGCUUAACGGAUAUAAACUAGGUGAUCCCUUAGACAAAACAACCCAUCUAGGCCCCGUUGUAUCCGCCAAAUCUGCCCGGACUAUAGCCGAGCAAGUCAAAGACGCCGAAGACAAAGGUGCUAGGAAUUUGACGCCAAACGUUUAUUCUGAGGGGUCAAAGCUUGGAGAGACUUUCGUCAGGCCGGAGAUUUUAGCAGAUUGCAGUCACAAAAUGAGAGUCUUGACAGAAGAGACUUUUGGGCCCAUUAUUCCUGUCAUGAAAGUCUCUGGUGACGAUGAAGCUGUGAGUUUGAUGAAUGACUCGGACUUUGGUCUCACGGCGAGCAUCUGGACGAAGGACGUUGAGACUGGGCAAAAACUCGCGGAACAGGUCGAGGCGGGAACAGUGUUUGUGAACCGAUGCGAUUAUCCUAGUCCGGAUCUUGCUUGGACUGGCUGGAAAGAUUCAGGACGAGGUGUGACGUUGAGUAAAUUCGGGUUCGAUGCAUUUGUAAGGCUGAAAAGUUUUCACUUCAAAGACUACCCGAAAUAA